AUGGCUGCCCAGUCGAAGCAGGUUUGUUGUUGGAGUAUUCUGGGAAUCGAUUUGGGUAGCACCGGCGUGCGGGUGAUGUUCUACCGUCAGAUCGGAGAUGACCAUAUUUUCGAUCAGCUCUGGUGCAAGAAUAGCCCAGCUUGGGAAACCAAGCGCUAUGGUGGAGGCCAGAUCAAGUCAACAAGAACACCUUUCGAUGGCGGUCCAGUAUACAGUCCAGACGCCCAGUGUCGUGGGCGACGACAGGUUUCGGUCAAGUGGGUCUUCGGGGACGGCAAAGGGUUGGACUCCAAUCACCCUCUUCGAGCCGAACUGGACGGAUGCUUUCGGAGCGACGAUUUCAAGAAACGCUGCAAAGACGGAUUGAAGUCUAUCGUCAAGAUUGUGGCCAAGGGGGUCGAAGAAAAAUCUACCUGGACAUAUGAUGAGCAGGAUGAGUACAAGGCUCUUCUGAAGGGCGCCUUCACCUCCAAAGCGAUACAGCAGGUUCUUGAGCGCAAUCUCUAUUUCCAUACCGAGGUCGAAGCAUUUGCGCACUAUUUGAUGCACAACGCACAGAAGUAUCGAGCUAUCUUCCCCAAGACCGCAGACACUACAGUACUCGGCCUGGACUUUGGGGGAUUCAGCAUGGUUAGUUCACGUCUAGUCUAA